AUGGCAAAUGAUCCAAAUGAUCCACAAAAGGCAAAUGAUCCACAAAAAGCAAAUGAUCCAAAUGAUCCACAAAAAGCAAAUGAUCCAAAUGAUCCACAAAAAGCAAAUGAUCCAAAUGAUCCACAAAAGGCAAAUGAUCUAAAUGAUCCACAGAAAGCAAAUGAUCCAAAUGAUCCACAAAAGGCAAAUGAUCCAAAUGAUCCACAAAAAGCAAAUGAUCCAAAUGAUCCACAAAAGGCAAAUGAUCCAAAUGAUCCACAAAAGGCAAAUGAUCCAAAUGAUCCACAAAAAGCAAAUGAUCCAAAUGAUCUACAAAAACAAAUGAUCCAAAUGAUCUACAAAAACAAAUGA